GGGAAGAUGCCAGAGGGGAAGAAAGGGAUCAUCUCUGUGGCCAACACAUUCCCCUAGGUGGCCAGCAGGGCUUGGGGAGGAGAAGCAUGCUGGGGCCUGAGGUCCUGGGUGUAGAUGUGAUUGGAGGAAAGGCUCACCCUGGGGGCCUCAGGGGCUGGUCUGGGUGGGGCUCUUGAGACUAGGAGGACCCUCCCAGCGUGGGCUGCCUGAAAACAGGAAUUUAAGAAUUUAGAUUGAACUGGCUUCUACCCCUGGAGGUGAAAUCUCUCUGCCUUCUUCCCUUGGAACAGAGAUCUCUCUGUGUUCCAGCUGCAUCCCUGCAGGUUCCUGGUAGGUCUGACAGAGGCUCCUUUUCCAUUGACCUUCUCUUCCCUGACUGACUUCCUGGUGUUUGCUAUGGUGGUGUUAGAGUUACAGGGCUUCCGUUUCAGCAGAGGGUUAUAAAAACAAGUCAAGGAAGCAGUUACACUGCAGGUGGGCCUGGGCUUAGCCAAAAGCUGAUGAUUCCAAGAAGACCCCAAAAUCAAAAUGAGAGUGAACCUCUGGCAUAGUAACUUUUCCGUCCAGGGUGGGGGUGGGGGGCAAUGGUGCAAUUGUCGGCACAAUAGGGCCGGAACAGGGGGCAUUCCAGAACAAAUGUAACCCGGAAGGAAAGGACCAAUCCAGGCCUGGGAGGUUUGGAACCGAAUUUAACUGCAUAAAAGCGCACUUGCCCUUGCACUUAGGGCCCGCCCCUCCUGAAGAGGAGUGGAGCCUGCUUCUGGCUAGAAAUAUCUAAAUCCUUUGGACUUUCUCAGUAAUAAACUUUCUUGAUACUAAAUUUUUGGUGCCAAGCGCAUUUCUAACAAUUUGGCACCCAACAUGGGGCCUGAUUGCAGACUUCUGAGGGAUCAAGGCAAGACAUCCUGGGAAGAGUCCUCCCGCUGUAUUUCAGUGGUCUCAGUGAGUUGAGCCUUUCCCAACCGAACUCCUGAUCUUGGACCACAUGUGAGAAGUCCAAGGGAUUGGGGAAGCCGCCGGCAGACCAGGAGAGCCAAUAUAUUGGGCAAAGCUCAGCCUGUAAAGCCAGAAGACCUGGACCUAGGAGAGAACUUGGAGGCAGAGAGAAUAGCCCCUGAGACCCAGAGCCCCUCAUCCCAGAAUUGACUGGAUCCUUGCUCAGGAAGGCCAGAGUAAGGCAGCAGAAGAUGCAGCUAGACAGAUCUCUCUGCCGUCCCUUGGACCCAAGAUCUCUUCAGCUUCUGGAAGUCAGCUCUGCAUGUGCAGGUCCCAGGCCAGCCUUCUGCCCAGGAGAGAAGGAAAAGACGUCUGCCCCUCUGGGAUCCUUGUUCCUUCCCAGUUCAGUCUGCAGAAGAUCAAGGCCUGACCAAGCAGGGAGCCUGGAGCCAGAGGGAAUGGCCCCUGGGAGCUGCAGACCCCCAGCCCAGGAGUUGGUGACAUUCCAGGAUGUGGCUGUGGACUUCACUGAGGAGGAGUGGGGCCUCCUGGACCAUUCUCAGAAAGAGCUGUACAAGGAGGUCAUGCUGGAGAAUGCCCAGAACCUGCUGUCUCUGGGGCUUCCAGUUACCAGAGAAGAUCUGAUCUCCUUCUUUCAGAAAGGGGAAGCACCAUGGAUUCUGGAACCAAAAGGCCCAUGGAACUUUUGUCCAGAUGCAGUGACCAGGUCUGAAGUGAAGGUGACUUCUAGAAACCCAAGUAUUUCUGUGGAAGAAUCUGGCCGGCUACGAUGCAUGAGUGAUGGUUCUUUUGACUUUAAUUUGAAAGACAGCUGUGCCGCUGGUAUCGGGGCUAAUAAAAAUCCAAAGAAUCCUUGUGAAUUCAAUGAAGUUGGAAAGGGCUUCUUCACACAGUAUUCAGUCCAGAAUCACUGCAAGAAAAUGACCCCAAGGAACGAAUGUUUUCAGUACAGUAGAUAUGGGGAAUGCUCUCCUGAACAGGGAGAGCUCGUUCAGUCCCAUGAGAAGCCUCCUAAAAUACAAAGACAUCAAAGUCAUCAACAAAAACUGGCUUUCAGCUUGAGUUCAGACCUCACUGGGCAUCAGAAAAGUUAUACUGACAGAAAGCUUUAUAUAUGUAAUGAAGGAAGAAAGGCCUUCAGCUGGAAAUCUAAGAUCAUUAACCACCACAAAAUUCACACUGGAAGAAAACCUCAUGAAUGGAAUCCAAGUGGAACAAGCUUAACCCAUCAAUCUUCUCUUCCUUACCAUCCUAGAUUUCAUACUAGAAGGAAAACACAUGCAUACAAUCAACGUGGGAGGGCCUUUCAUUUGAACUCAGAUCCUGUUAGACAUCAGAAGAUUCAUACUGGAGAGAAGCCUUAUAAAUGUAACGAAUGUGAGAAGGCCUUUUGCUACAGAUCACAGCUUAUUGGCCAUGAGAGAAUGCAUACUGGAGAGAAACCUUACGAAUGUAAUGAAUGUGGGAAGGCCUUCUGCUACAAAUCAGUCCUUAUUGGCCAUCAGAGAAUUCACAGUGGAGAGAAACCUUAUGAAUGUAAUCAGUGUGGAAAGGCUUUUACACAGAAGUCCUAUCUUGAUGCACAUCAGAGAACCCACACUGGAGAGAAACCUCAUGAAUGUAAUGAAUGUGGGAAGGCCUUCUUCUACAAAUCAGUCCUUAUUGGCCAUCAGAGAAUUCACAGUGGAGAGAAACCUUAUGAAUGUGGUCAAUGUGGAAAGACCUUCCGAAGGAACUCCCAUCUUGCUGCCCAUCAGAGAACCCACACUGGAGAGAAACCUUAUGAAUGUAAUCAGUGUGGAAAGGCUUUUACACAGAAGUCCAUUCUUGAUACACAUCAGAGAACCCACACUGGAGAGAAACCUUAUGAAUGUGGUCAAUGUGGAAAGACUUUCCGAAGGAACUCCCAUCUUGUUGCCCAUCAGAGAACCCAUACUGGAGAGAAACCUUAUGAAUGUAAUCAGUGUGGAAAGGCUUUUACAAAGAAGUCCAUUCUUGAUACACAUCAGAGAACCCACACUGGAGAGAAACCUUAUGAAUGUAAUCAGUGUGGAAAGGCUUUUACAAAGAAGUCCGUUCUUGAUACACAUCAUAGAACCCACACUGGAGAGAAACCAUAUCAAUGUAAUCAGUGUGGAAAAGCUUUCACUACUUCCUUCUAUCUUUCUGUACAUCACAGAAUCCACACAAAAGAGAUUCCUUAUGAGUGUAAUCAAUGUGGAAAGGUUUUCCAGUGGAACUCCAAUCUUUCUGCCCAUCAGAGAAUCCACACUGGAGAGAAACCUUAGGUAUGUAUUAAGUGUGGAAAAGCUUUCACUUAUUGCUCCAGUCUUUCUGUAUAUCAGAGAAUCCACACAAAAGAGAAUCUUUAUGGAUGUAAUCAGUAUGAAAAUGCUUCCCCAUAGAGGAUUCUGGGACAAUGGCAAAGUAGGUCAGAAAGUUCCAGGCUCUGGAGAUCCCCCCCCCCACAAAACAGAUGAAAUAGUGCCUCAGGGUGAAUAUUGAGCAGUAAAAAUAAAUAAGAGUAGGGG